GAAAAAGAAUAUGGUGAUGAAGAUAAUAAGUUUAAAUUUAGAAUUAUGAAAUCAUCAAAAAAAAAACCAUUUGAAAAAACAAAGUAUGGUGAAGAUGUUAAUUAUAGUUCGUUAAAAGGGAGGGCUGUUCUUAAAGGUGUCGAUAAAGAAGCGUUUGAAAAAAUUAAAGGACAUCCUGAAGAAUUAGCAGCGGCAAUUUUUUCAAAAUCUCAUA